GAACUCCCGUAUGUAUUCUGGUCAUGUUGCGAGGAGCAAAGUUUGCUUUUCGAUUGCUGACGAAAGGCAGUCAGUCAUCGGGUAGGAGAUGGGCAGCUGCGACAAGCAGAGCAAGGACGAGAGUUAGUGUUAUUAGAGACUCAGAUUUAGUGAAAAUAGAAGCGACAAGAGACACUAAAAGCAGCAACUGGGAUUAUGAGACUGAGCUGUAUGCGUUGGCCAAACGUCUAGACUGUUUUAAUAUUGAGACAAACAACAAGUUGUUGAGAACGGCUCUUACUCACAAGUCGUGGGUGAUUGGAGAUCCUUCUGACGUGUUUGAUCAAACAGAAAGACGAGCGUCGUCUGAUGAAGCAUUGAAUGAGCAAGAAAAUUACAACGACCGACUGACUUUACUGGGAUCAACUGUCACAAGUCAUUACGUGAUGGAGUUCUUGUUCUUCCAAUACCCUCAUCUUCCAGCUGAUGGGCUAAGAGAUUUACGAACAUUUGUGACGGAAAAAGAAAUGAUGACAAGAGUGGGUGAAAAUCUUGGAAUUGUUGAUCUCAUACUCACAAAGCACAAACUAUAUAGGAAGCCAGAGAGAUUUACUAUUAUUUGUGGAGCAUUGCUUGCUAUAAUCGGCACUAUUCACUCUGAACAAGGAGCUUUGAAAUCUCGUAGUUUUGUUCACGACUUUAUUAUGACUCAACUGGCUGGUCAAGAUGUCAGUCAAAUAGUAAAGCUUUCACAUCCUAAGUUUAUGCUGCAGAUGCUAAUGAGAGAGAAAAAUAUGCCACCUCCAGCUGCUAGGUUGAUUGAUGAGAGCGGACGAGCUACUCACAUGCCAACAUUUGUCGUUGGUAUAUAUUCUGGAAAAGAUCUUUUAGGAAAAGGCGCAGCUCCUUCUCUCAAGAGAGCAGCCCAUGAGGCAACUCUUGCAUCACUUCAUAAUCAUUUUGAAAAGGCAAUCUCAGUUGCCAGAUUGCCAUCAGACUAUGCUGAUUAUGUGCCCGAGAGCAAGAUAAAUCUCAUGGAAAUUAGAGAAAAAGAGAAGGAAGCAGUGACUGCCAGCAGUUGAGUGAGAAGGUCAGACUUGUUAGUUUGAGUAUCCAUUUGGAUUGGGAUAUGGUGGAAACGUUAGCAGGGAUGUGAUGUAUUAGAAUAAUUGGAAAUAUAACUUUUAUGUUCUCUCAGG